CCACUGCUCUGUUCUCGUUCGACUUUCCCCUGCCCGGUUCCCGUCUCCGCUCGUCAGCCAGCUGUAGCCACGCCGCCGAGCAAUUCUGCCUGGGCCGUUGCCAUCGUCAAACGCCGUCGGAGACUUUCCUCCUCCGUCGCGCAGUGGACUCGGCCGAACCAGGGCAGCGGCGAUCUCCCCUCUCUGAUUUAAGCUUUCGUCGUUAAUCGAGGUAAUAACAAGCUGGUCCUGGAGAGCACAGAGAUGGAGGAGAUGUACGGAUGCAGGACUCAAACCGUUAACAGAUAUGGUGGUUGUAAUGUAACUCGUUUUCUGAUAAUGAUCUAUUUAAGAUGUUUAUUUAAAAUAACAGUUUUGCUUCCGCGCUGUUUUGAAUUAACUCCGAGGGAACGAAGAUACCAUUCCUAUAAAUCGUUCAUCCCGAAGAACUGAACGGCUCAUUUGUUCGGCGAUCAUGGGUCGUGGGGGCUUUUCCGGCGGUGGCAAAGGAGGAGGAGGAGGAUCUCGUCCUGCCUGCCGUUCAAAGGCAUCUCGCGAUGCAGAAGGUAAUAUCUUAAUACAGCGAGCUGCUGCUAGCAAUGGAUUCAGGUCUACUUGGGAACGUAUUUGGUAUGGGCCUGACAAUAGUCAUGAAGACUUGUGCAAAUCCCUUGUGAAUAAAUUUGAAUCGUGUGUAGCUCUUGGCGGAGGAGACAGAAAUGAUAGAUUGUGCCUGGACCAUAAGAGAGCGAUGGAAGAGCAUUGUGAUGAGUUUAGGUCUUCUUGGAAUGAUUGGUGGGCAAAAGAUAAGAAAAGAAAGUGUGAUUUAAUGUUAUUAGGUUUUGGAUGGUGUUUGGAUAGGCACGGCAAGGAGUCAAAGCAAUGCCAAUUUGAAGCUAAGGAGCUUAAAAAGUUCUCUGAUAUAGAAGUUUAAUGACAAGCUGUUUUCAACAUACUUUAUUGAUGAUGAUCCUAAUUGUCCUAAUUAGUUACGGAGUACUACAGAGUAUAAGACUUUGGAAUCUUGGAUGAAUAAAGGGAAGCCAUUUAU